CCUCGGGCACAGGCUCUCAGGGGCAGGGCAGAACCGUGGAGGGGCAGUGAACAGCCCACCAUGCCUGGGUGAUGGCAGGUAGCUCUGGGCUGUGUUCCAGGGGCGUCCCACACUGAGUGGGUGUCCCCACCACCCCACCCAAGACAGGGUGCAGCUCUUACGUGGCUCAAGCCAGUCCUGUGUCCGUGGAUUGUCCACUAGACAUCGGACCCCUUAUCUGCCCCUUAUAAAAGGUAAAAGUUACUGGUGGGAUGGCUCCAAGAUCUGACAUCGGUCACACCAAGCCACAAACUUCAGUGAGCUCUGGGAUUGGGUGGCUCCGGCUUCCAGGUUUCUUUCGGCGCUCUCCCGGGGUGCGCCAGGGCGGGUGGGGGCCCUGGGUCCCCACCAGGCUGGGGACCUGCUCCUUAACUUGUCACCUCCUGACUCAUCCUGAGAGGGAAGGAAGCCUGGGGGGUGUCCCUGAGAUCCAUGCAGUGCACCCAUCCGAAUGCUGCUUGAGGCACUUUGGGGCUCAUCCUGCACCUCCCAUCAUCUCCCGCAGCGCCCGGCGUUGCUCCAUCUCCCUCUCCGGGCCCUGCCGGGACACGUUUUCCCCGCCGAGUGCCCCGGGGUGCCCGUCCCCCCUCCGGGCAGCGCACGGGGCCGGUUCCUGCCCCGGUUCCUGCCCUCCUCCGGGGAGGGCCCGGCCUCUGCACUGGCUCUGCCGGCUUUCGCCGCCGCUGCCUCCGCUUAGAGCAGAGAAGCCGCUGCCGGGCGAGCCGGCCGGGAUGGGAGCUCUCCUCUGGCUCGUGGCCUCUGCGCUCUGCAUCGCCGUCCGGGGACAGGACAAUGGGCUCUCCCACCCGCCCCCUCACUUUGGCUCCAUCUACCACGUCCGAGGGGUCAUUAAGCUGCCUUACGCUGAGAUUGAGGAGCCCUUUGAAGCCUGGUACAACCUGACGGGGAACAAGAGCCGGAUCCAGUAUUACGGAGGGCAGGUGAUAACCUACCAGCUGGCAGCGGUGAAGCCCUAUGGGAUGAGGUACAAGAUCACGCCAGAGACGACUGAGAAGGAGGUGAACACCAGGAAGUGCUUCCAGCUGCCCGGCUCCAAGGAGGAUGUGGUCACGGCUCAGAGCGUCUUCCCCAGCAUGAGGGGCUUUAAGUUCCUGCGGGAGGAGUACUACGAGGGCCGCUACUGUGCCGUGUGGCAGAACGUCACCCGCUGGGCACAGAAGAAGAAUGUCUACACCCUGUGGGUGACCAACUCCAGCUGUGGGGUGGCCCCCGUGCACUACGAGAUGCGGGGGUACAACAGCCUGCUGGGCUCCCACUACGACAAGUACGAAAUCGCCUACACUGACUUCGACAACAGCUACCCCCCGUCCAUCUUCAACCUGCCCGUCAAUGAGACCAAGUGUGGGGUGCUGCCGGGGAACGUGGCGGAGCACCGUGUGCUGGCAAACCCCAUGGAGGACCUGGUGGGGCAGCACCGGCCCUGGGCACACUGCGUUUUCCACGAGUACCGGCGGCAGAUGGGGCGGCGCUACAGCUCCGAGCGGGAGCUGGAGCACAGGCAGAGCAUCUUUGUGCACAACAUGAGGUUUGUGCACUCGCGGAACCGCGCCGCGCUCUCCUACACGCUGGCCCUGAACCACCUGGCCGACCGCACGCCGCAGGAACUGGCAGCCCUGCGGGGCCGCCGUCGCAGUGGGACCCCCAACAACGGGCUGCCCUUCCCCAGUGAGCUCUAUGCCAGCAUCAUCCUGCCCGAGAGCCUUGACUGGCGCAUGUACGGUGCUGUCACCCCCGUGAAGGAUCAGGCUGUCUGUGGGUCGUGCUGGAGCUUUGCUACCACGGGAGCCAUGGAAGGUGCCCUCUUCCUCAAGACCGGCGUGCUGACCCCCCUGUCCCAGCAAGUCCUCAUUGACUGCUCCUGGGGCUUUGGGAACUAUGCCUGCGACGGGGGCGAGGAGUGGCGAGCGUACGAGUGGAUCAAAAAGCAUGGGGGCAUUGCCAGCACCGAGUCCUACGGCACCUACAAGGGGCAGAAUGGCUUGUGCCACUACAACCAGUCUGAGAUGCUGGCCAAGAUCACGGGCUACGUCAACGUCACCUCGGGCAACAUCACAGCAGUCAAAGCUGCCAUCUACAAGCACGGCCCCGUGGCUGUCAGCAUCGAUGCCUCGCACAAGAGCUUCUCCUUCUACUCCAAUGGCAUCUACUACGAGCCCAAGUGCGACAACACACCAGGAUUGCUGGACCAUGCAGUGCUGGCCGUGGGCUACGGAGUCCUGCAGGGAGAGACCUACUGGCUCAUCAAGAACUCCUGGUCCACAUACUGGGGCAACAACGGCUACAUCCUUAUGGCCAUGAAGGACAACAACUGUGGUGUGGCCACUGAGGCCACCUACCCCAUCCUGGCCUGAGGCACCCUGGCUCUGCAGGGAGAGACCUGGGCGACAUUCUCAGCACUCAGCCCUGGAUCAGGCCCUUGAGUGCAACCAUCAGGAAGUUGGGGCCACAAUGGGACAGGUCCGUUCAGUGCUGGACGCAGGGCAGGACAGGAACACAGCACUGGGCUUGCCAAUAAAGACACUGGAAAAAUACUGGAUGGCUUCUACGGGAGGGAUUCAAUUGCUGCCCACACAGCAGUGCCCCCUGUGCCCCAGGGACAUAUCCUGUACAGAUCCCUGUCCCCAACCUGUUUUUUUUUGUCCUGUGGGACCCUAGAGGCCUCCUGGGGAGGGGACAGUCCUGCCUGGCAGAGCCAGCUGGCUCUCACAGCCAGUCCCAGACACCUGGGGCCAGGGGAGCGGCUCUUCCAGCUCUGAGGUGGAGCACAAACAACCCCAGGGAUUUCUGCUGAGAUGAGAAAUUCCUGGCGUGGGGUGUUGGGGAGGGGGAAGGCCUCCACCCUACGCCCCACUGCCCGAGUGCCUGCUGUGGCUGCAGGUGGGGACCUCAUCACCGGGGAGUUUGCCAAUGCCACCAGCCAGGCACCUUCACUCGCUGGGGCUGCUCCCCUUUUACACUGUGGCUGUGGCUCAGCUGGGUGCUCCUUGUUUGGGCUCCAGCUAUCCUGGAGAGCAGCAUCAGUGCACAAGAACACUAAAGCUGUGCCCCUUAGCCUGAGCUGCUGGGGCCCCCUAUCCUGGACGGGGCUGCUCUGUCCCUGUCCCCAUGCCUGGAGCUGUGGAGGGGCAGUGGACACACUCCAUGGGGUGUGGGGUGCACACAGGGUCCUGGGGUGCCUCUGAGCUGGUCACACCCCUGAGCUGUCAUGCUCCUUCCAUCCUUCCUUGCUCCCGAGCUUCACCCCAAAACCUCACAGCCAUGGACAAGCCUCACCAUGAGCUGAGGGUCUGCUGCUGUUCUUAGGGUGUCCAGGCCACAGGUCAGCACACUCUGAAGGUUCAUUGUGGGGGUUCUGGUGCCAUUCUGGUGAUGUCCACCCCGGGGAUGGAGCUGGGCUGGAAGCUACAGUGUGCAGCCCAGAGUUCCCAGUGGGAGCUGCUGGCACUGCCAGGCUCUGAUUCCCAAUUCAAGAGCCCAAUUAGCAGCCAGCAGCUGGGAAGGGAAACCUAGAAGCAGGGAAAUGUCAUCCCUGACUUGUAGCUGCAUCUGCAGAGGCUCUACCUUCCCCCAAAAUGGAGUUUUGAUAAUUGAGAAGUGACAUCCCCCAUGGCUACACCCCAGUUUUGUACAGCAAAGCACUGGCAGCACCUAGGGAGCAGCACUUCCCUCCAGGUGACACAACUGCUCUCAUCAGUGGUGGCAGGUCAUCAUAUUCCCUUGUUUUCUUUCACUUGUUCACCUGCUUAUUUGACAAUUUGCUGAUUGUUGAAGGGGUCUUUAAUCAUUCCCAGAGGGAGGCUGGCUGGAAUUCAUGUCUGGGAGAGGAAUGAUCGCUGCACAGGAAUAAUGUGGUUUA